GUUUAGUGUGACUUUGAUUGUGCUGUUGGCCUGAUAGUCCCGUUCGGUCCCAAGAUCCGAUUCCUCUUUUCAUUCGAGGAUGUUUGUGUCGUUAGCGUUUGUGAUAGUGGCGUUCGCUUUAUCGGUGCUGUGUUGGAUAGUGGGGCGAUUGCGAAGGUGGAAACAUUACAAACUAUCCACUGAUUUGGAUGGUCCUCGUGAUUAUCCUUUAAUCGGUAGUGCGCAUCUUUUCCUGGGCAAGAGUACGGAGGAACAGUUUCGGUGUAUACUCGACAUUAGCAAAAGCUAUCAAUCGCCCUGCCGUAUUUGGCUUGGUCCGAAGUUGUUUGUGUUUAUUGAUAAUGCAGACGAUCUGCAGACGGUGCUGAACUCGUCGAGCUGUCUCGAGAAGGCAGACGUGUACAGAUUUUUCCAGUGUGAAACGGGACUGUUUUCUGCGCCGGCCAGCAUUUGGCGAGUGCACCGUAAGCAUCUUAGUCCCUGCUUUAAUGCAAAAAUAUUGGCAAGUUUUGUGUCGAUUUUCAACGCAAAAAGUGUCGUGUUGGUAGAUCAACUGGCGGCGCAUGUCGAUGACAAGAAGCUUUUCAAUGUGUAUGAGUACAUAGCGAAGUGUACGCUGGAUAUGGUUUGUGCUACAACACUGGGCACUAACAUGAACCUUCAGAAUGAGCAAGGUGAUGAAUAUAUCAACGCAAUUGAAAGAGCAUCGGAACUGUUAAACCAUCGACUGUACAAGGUAUGGCUGCAUCCAGAGUGGAUCUAUCGCUUAACGUCCUACUACAAAGUUCAGCAGCAAUGUUACGCAACCGCCUAUAAAAUGUCGCGCCGUGUGCUUGCCUUGAAAAGUGACGAACUUGCAGCAAUAAGGAAUCGUGCGACGCUACAGUCCUCCAAGCCAGACGAAAAGCUACCGACAGAUGAAUAUCGCAAACCUCAAAUCUACAUCGACCAACUGUUUAGACUCGCCAAGGAAACGGACGUGUUUGAUGAGCAAGCUAUCAGAGAUGAAAUCGAUACGAUCAUACUGGGUGGAAACGAAACGUCCGCAUUAACGCUGUCCCACGUCGUUCUGAUGCUGGCCAUUCAUCAAGACGUGCAGCAGCGUGUGUACGAGGAGAUGGUGGCAAUGCUGGACGGUUCGAUCGGUGAGAUCGAAAACGAACAUCUUUCCCGUCUAACGUACAUGGAGAUGGUGCUGAAGGAAACGAUGCGCCUCUUUCCCGUUGGCCCUAUCAUUGCCCGCCAGUGCACGGAAGAUACGAAGAUUUCUAAGACAACCGUCCCGAGUGGCGUGACAGUAGUGCUAGGGAUCUUUAACGUCCAGCGAAGCGAAAUGCACUGGGGGCCGGCGGCAAACUCGUUCGAUCCGGACAACUUCCUGCCCGAACGCCACGCUCACCGACAUCCGUACUGUUUUCUUCCGUUCAGUGCAGGGCCGCGCAACUGCAUCGGCUACAAGUAUGGGCUAAUGUCGAUGAAGGUAAUGCUGUGCCAUUUACUUGCGGCGUACAGGUUUUCCACGGACCUCACGAUGGACCAGUUAACGUUAAAGCUCGACAUUACGCUCAAGAUUGCUAACAAGCACAUGGUUCGUAUCGUUCGGAGGUAGACUCUAGGUACUCUUGGACUAUUGCAAUCGUUCACGUUGGUGAGAUAGAGAGAGAGAGUAAUACAACAUUAUCUUAAGGUUUGAUAAAAUAAAUUUUUAAGCAAAAAUGUAAAAUAAA